AUGAAGCUAGUUGGAAAAUAUAUCGACAAGGAUCGCUCAGGCCAUGUCACUUUGCGUCCAGAAGAUGAUGAGGACAUGUGGCAUCUGUACAACCUCAUACAGGAGGGAGAUCAUGUCCGUGCACCUGCCAUACGGCGUGUACAGAACGUGUCUGCCACAGGAUCAACUGAAUCUCACCGUGUUCGCCUAAAUUUAACGCUAGCCGUUACCCGCCUUACUUGGUCACCUUCCUCAUCGGCCCCCGCGGAUUCAGCAUCCUCGACUGAAAAUGCGAAUAAUUCCCAGAAUUCGACUGUGUCAUUGCAAAUAGCGGGUCGCGUAACGUCAGAGAAUCCUCACGUCAAACUUGGUGCAUACCAUACGUUGGAUCUCGAACCCAACCGAGAUGUGCGGAUAGAGAAGGAUGAGGGUGGAUGGGACAGUGUAGCUCUGAGUAGAGUGGAAGAGAGCUGCAAGCCCGGAAGAGGGGCCGAAGUUGGUGCCGUAGUUUGCGGGGAAGGGACGGCUAUAUUCUGUCUUCUCUCCGAACAUAUGACCGUCGUAUUACAACGACUCGAGGUCCCCAUUCCUCGAAAAAUAUCCACAGGUUCUUCCGCACAUGAAAAGGGCUUAGCACGAUUUUAUUCCACGCUCUACACGUCGUUCCUCCGACAUAUCCCGUACUCAGCUCCAUCUCUCCGCGCUAUUGUUAUCGCUUCUCCUGGCUGGGUGCGCGAUGCUGUCUUUGACUUCAUCAUGUCAGAGGCGAACAGAACCAACAAUAAGGCGUUGUUGGCAGCACGAAGUAAAUUCAUCAGAGUUCAUGUGAAUAGUGCCCAUGUCCACAGUCUGGUGGAGGUUUUGAAGAGCCCGGAGAUAGCAUCACAGCUGAAGGAGACGAAGUUUGCCCGGGAAGGUAUCAUGCUGGAUAAAUUCUUCAAGAUGUUGGGUGCAGAUGAAUUGCGGGCAUGGUACGGCCCAGAUCACGUCUCCCUUGCCGUGGAUCGCGGUGCCGUUGGGACACUACUCAUCUCGGAUGAGUUAUUUAGGGCAAACGACCCUGUGCUACGUAAAAAAUACGUUUCCUUGGUCGAGAGUGUUAGGCAGAAAGGCGGAGAAGUCCUCAUCUUCUCGAGUAUGCAUGAAUCUGGUCAACAAUUGAACCAGCUCACGGGCAUUGCAGCCAUACUCACUUUCCCACUAGACGUAGAGGUUGUGGAGGCGGAGGAACGUGAGGCUCGAGAAGAGGAGGAGAGAAAGAAAGAGGAGGAGUCUGAAACCUGA